AUGUCGGGACAAGGCUAUCUCGACAACACUGCCUUGCACGCGCAGGCAAAAUGGCGAUCGGCCCUCCUUACAUACCCGGGGAAUCUGAAGGAAGCUCUACGAGAAGCGCAAAAAGAUGCCAAGAAAACUAUGUAUGGCAUUGCUCAAGGUAUCCCUAGCUCUUUUUUAACCAAGGUAUACGCUUCUGUGAGGCCAGAUUUUGUUUGGAUUGAUGUUGAGCAUGGAAUGUUCGAUCGGAUAGUCCUUCAUGACGCUAUCCAUGCAGCUCAACAUCAUUCGGAAGGCAAAACAAUGGCCUUGGUUAGGAUUCCCAAGGAAGACGAGUGGGUUUUGACUACAGCUCUUGACGCCGGUGCAGCUGGCAUUAUUAUUCCUCACAGUGAAAGCAAAGAAGAGGUUGAGGAGUUUAUGAAGAAAAUUUAUUACCCUCCUCUUGGCAAUCGCUCAUUUAGUCCAUGGGUUUUUACUCCUGGCAUCUCAGAUGCUUCGUUAUAUCCAGAUGAUGCGUUCAACAUGAAAACAGCAAACAACCAUAUCGCUGUAAUACCCCAGAUAGAGAGCGUCAAAGGAAUUGCAAAUGUCGAAGAGAUUGCUUCGAUACCUGGUGUCUCGGCACUCAUGUUUGGACCUGGAGAUUUCAUGGCAGAUGCAGGAGUGCCACUAUCUCUAGGCGAGCCUCAUCCUACCCUCGUUUCUGCAAUGGAGAGUAUGUCAAAAGCAAGCAAAAAAUUCGACAAGCCACUCUGGGGUGCUGCUAGGAGCCUCGACAUGGUUCCACAAAUGAUAGAAUCAGGCUAUCGUGCCAUUAUGUUUCUAGAUGUAUGGUCAAUUGCCAAUAUGGUGAAAUCUACAAUUGAGAAAGCAAAGGGGUCAGUUGCGAUUUAG